CCGGCCCUGCGCCAUGGCGGGGCGGCCCGGGCCGGGAGCGGGGCGGCGGGCGGCGGCGGCGGGCGGGGGCCGGCCGUUCCCACGGGAGUGCUGCGAAGGGCUGGGCGGCCUGGACUACGGCCAGGUGGAUGUGAGAGCCAUGGCAAGGUUCUUUGGCUACGUGGACGUGACUGACUCUGCCUUCAUUGCAGCUGUCCUCUCCAUUGCCUUCAACCCAUUCUUCUGGAAUGUGGUAGCCAGAUGGGAGCACAAGACACGAGCGCUCAGCCGACUCUUCGGCUCUGCGCAUGCUGCCUGCUACUGCCUGGGCAUCGUCAUCCUGCUGCUUAACUGCCUGCGGAGCCACUGCUUCACAGAAGCCAUGAAGAGCCAGCCAAAGCUGGAGGGCUUGGACUGCCACUGGGCCUAUUACUCAGGCUUGGCCAUCUUGGCUGUAGGGUCCUUGUUUGUCAUCUCCAGCUUCUUAGCGCUGGGAUUCAUCGGAACAUUCCUGGGAGAUUACUUCGGCAUCUUGAUGGAUGCAAAAGUGACCAGCUUCCCCUUCAAUGUCCUGGACAAUCCCAUGUACUGGGGCAGCACUGCCAUCUACUUGGGCUGGUCCCUCAUGCACGCGAGCCCAGCUGGCCUUUUGCUGACAGCUGUAGUGGCAAUUUCCUACACAAUCGCCAUGCUGUACGAGGGGCCUUUCACAGAGGAAAUAUAUCGGCGGAAACAGAAGGGAGCAAAGAACAAGUAGCAAGAGAAAGCAGUGUCUCGGAUACCUCGGCACAGCGUGCCUCUGUGGUCCCCUCACUGUCCAAUUUGCCUAUUUUCCUACUGAGAUGUGUCCCACUAAUUAGCCUAGCAACCCUUAAUGAGCCCACUGAGCACCCUGCAGUACUGGAAGCCAUCAAAGGAACAGCCUGAGCAGGGCAGCACCUCCUCACUGCAGCCCACAGGAGCUGGAGGUACCUGUCCCCAGGUCUCUGACCCCAUUGAUGGAUCACUGUAGCUCCUGCCACAAAGGCAUUGCUCUCCCAGGAGCCACAUGGUGUGGGACAUCUUGACCUCUCCUCCUACACACUGGAGAUCUGCAGGGCAAAAAGCAGCCCAGCUCCAGCCCUGGACUGGAGACCAAGCAGAGUAACAAUGGAGGCACCAGGGGCCUUCUGGAAGCAAGCUCUGAGCACGAGGAAGCUCCAGCUCCAUCUGAUCCUGAAGAUCAUCUGAAGAUGCUGUGCAAGAGCCGCAGGAAGCAAGCAAUAAAGAAUGUUUGGGAACUCCUGAGGCAUUCAGAAAGGGCUGGAGAAGGAAGAGGUGAAACUGCUGCAAACCCAACAGUAAAACCUCUUUUCUAGGAGAGGGAAACCUCCCUGUCCAGCGCUGCCAUUUUCCACCCAUGCAGAGCCCUGUAGCAUCUCUACACCGUUUGAAAAGGCCCCAAGAAAGGUCACUGAAAAGCACUUAGAUGUGAAUGUAUGACCCAAACCACUGUUCAAGGGGCAUGCAGGGAUGGUAGUUGUCUUGUGGGGAAGCCCCAGCAUGGAGAGGACCAAGGGGAAGGGUCAAUCCCUAUCCAGUCCGUGCAGGUAUCCCAUCCCUGGUCCCCUCUGCACACACAGAGCCCCUCCUUUUCCCCAGGGGCAUGUGUGGGCCCUGCCCACCUUCCCCAUGACCCAGUCAGUGCCUUCCAGCUAUUUUCACUGCCUUCAAGGGGCAGUGGGUGAGAAGGGAGGGAAAGGGCUGCCCCUGCC